AUGCCCGUUCAACAAUUCUACAAGGACUUUAUGCUGCCUAAGAAGAAAGUUAUCCCCUCAGAUGACGCCUUUCGUGCCCAUGCUGCGACACUUAGGGACGCAGGGAGAUCUUCCAGCCACUUCGUGGAGCGCAUGACAACUACGGGACUGUGCAAGGACCUCAAGUUCGUCGAUACAUCCACCCAAUGCGCCGUGUCUACCAAGACCGCUCAGAUUUCCGUAUACUCUGCGAGGACUUGUGGGGACCUUCCCUCCCAUUGUGAUUGGAAUAUGCAGAGCUUUGUUAUCAAGCUUAUGCCUUUCCACUUCGACCCUUUCUGUGCUCAGGCAGACCCUUCUCGUCCACUCAAAGAUCAGCAAUUCAUCCGCUUCAAGCAAGAUUUUGUACGCGAUAGACUCAUAGCUCAUAUCAUCGCGGUCCAGCAGUGCCAAUAUCGCACGCACUGUUUUGCCCUUGUCCUGCUCGGAAAGCACCACGCUCGCUUCCUACGAUGGGACCGAGGCGGUAUAGUCGUCACAGAUCGUUUUGACUUCCGUGACGCUGCCCACUCUCAUUACCUCCCUAAAUUCCUCUGGUUGUACGAUAACCUCACAGAAAUCCAACGUGGACACGAUCCCACGGUCUCUUCCCCGUCGGACAACGAGAAACAGAACGCUUGGGCUGCGCUACAUUCGAGGUAUCCCAACAUACCGGUCACCGUCGCCGACAGCUUCCGGCAGUUAGAGGUUCACGCACAUAACGGAAAACGUCUGUAUGUUGUUGGAGAGCCUUAUCGCUCUCAACGAACGCCUUUCGGACGAGACACAGAAUGGUUCAUCGCGUACGGGGUUACCGAGGGGCGUCUCGUAUACCUCAAGGACAGCUGGUGUAUUGACGAGUGCGGUUUCAUGCGAGAGGGCGAGACCUACCGACGCCUUCACGCCCAUGGCGUGCCCUUUAUCCCUACGCUCGUAUGCUACGGGGACGUACCUGAUCAAAAUACCAUGACGCAUAACUACAUGGAUCAAGAAUGGUGCUUCGGGGCACGAGAUCUUUUGCGCUACCAGCACAUUCGACUUGUCGUGAACGAGAUAAGCGCGGAUAUCAGGGACUUGGGCAUGAAGGGUAUCACGAUGGUUAUGCUCGAUAUACUUCAAGCCCAGGACAAGGCUAUGGAUGCGGAACUUUUGCAUGGCAACAUUAGUGACACUAGCAUCACGGUGGACGAAAAUGGCAAGGGACUGCUGGUAGAUUGGGACCUUGCAAGGUAUCAUCCCAAAACUAAAGCGACGGCUACUUAAAUCAAACCGGAACGUAGGCGUUGGCGAUGGAGUUCGUGCAUAUACUGUCUUGUAUCAUCACCCUUUUGUUCUAUGUUACGGCUUGGUGUCUCAUCG